CUCGAACCCAUUAAUUGGACACCCAAGCACACAACUCCUCAUUCCUCCUAGUUCAUAAAUAACCACCUUAAACCCUUCCCUCUUAUUCAUAUUGAUAUUCUAUCUAACUCUGAACCCUCUUCAUCUUCCAAAACUCACACUCCCUACCUAAAAUGGAUGCAAAUAUCGCCCUGAAUAUGUGCUCUUCCUCUACUUCUACCUCCGGCUCUUCUUCUUCCGAGUCCUCUCAGCCUAGAAACUCAAACAAGACUGAGAGGAUCAAAGGGCCGUGGAGCGCCGAGGAGGACCGGGUUCUCACCCGUCUCGUCGAACGCUACGGCCCCAGGAAUUGGUCGCUGAUAAGCCGUUACAUUAAGGGCCGGUCCGGGAAGUCGUGUAGGCUUAGGUGGUGCAACCAGCUCAGCCCCAAUGUCCAGCACCGUCCGUUUUCUCAAGCCGAAGAUGAGACUAUUCUCGCCGCGCACUCCCGCUACGGCAACCGAUGGGCCACCAUUGCACGGCUGCUUCCUGGCCGGACCGACAAUGCGGUCAAGAACCACUGGAACUCUACCCUGAAGAGAAGGGCGAGGGAACCGCAGGAACACCAAGAAAUGGAUCAUCACGGUGAAGGUAAUAUUGGCAAUGCAGCUAUUGAGGUGAUGACGAUCGGUAAUGGUAACAGUACUGCUACUACUAGUGGUGCUUCAGCUGCCUCAGUGCAUAAUGGUUCCAUGGAUCUAGACGACCCGUUGACGGAGUUGACUCUGGCCACGCCGGGGAUCGGUGGCUCUGUGGUGUCGUCGUCGGAACAACAGCACAACCAUCAUCGGAGCAGCAGCGAGAGUUUUCCUCCGGCGGGGUUUUGGGAUGUGAUGAGGGGUGUGAUUGCAAGGGAAGUUAGGGAUUACGUGAGCUCGUCAUAUUCAGAAACUUCUGGGCUUCGUUGAUCAUCAUCAUCUUCUUCUUUGUCUCUCUUUCCGGGUUGAAUUGUUCUUAUUUGUUAAUAUUUGGUGGGUUUAAUUCAAAGGGUUCAAAUCAAAUGAACCCUACUAGAUUCUUCAAUUAUGAAACUGGUAUGGAUUUACAGGCUGUAAGCUAGCAACGGACGAAUAUUAUGGAAUUCGAUGAGAUUCGAAAAGACAAAAAGAGGAUGUUAAGUGUUUAAUUAAUCACUCCUGAUUUCAAAACUUUGCAAUAUAGAUAUAUAUAUAUAUAUAUAUAUAUAUAAAGAGGUUUCACAA